CUUUGGGCCUGAGCUUGUUGUUGUGGGGUUGUCGCCGCUUCGGCCGCGCUCGAUUUUUCCGCCUCUCCCCCCCCCACCCGCCGCCGCCGCCGCCGCCAUCCCUUCCCAGUGAGGCAAACCAUGACGCCGACGGUGGCUGCGGCCGAGCCCGAGCUCCAGCUGCCGACCUUCCAGCAGCUGAACGUGCAGGAGGUGAACGUGACGUCGUCGGUGCUGAAGGCGGCCGCUCACCACCUGGGCUCGCAGUGCGACCGCGCCAACAAGGAGUUCAUGCUGUGCCGCUGGGAGGAGAAGGACCCGCGGAAAUGCCUCCAGGAAGGCAGGCAGGUCAACGAGUGCGCCCUGGACUUCUUCAGGAAAAUAAAGAGCAACUGUGCUGAGCCUUUCACCGAAUAUUGGACCUGCCUUGAUUAUGACAACCUGCAAGAACUUCGCCGGUGCCGCAAGCAACAGGCAGUUUUUGAUAACUGUGUGUUAGACAAGCUGGGCUGGGUUCGACCUGAGCUAGGAGAACUCUCCAAGGUCACAAAAGUGAAGACAGACAGGCCUGUCCCGGAGAAUGUCUUCUGCUCAAGGCCAAGACCGGAGCCCAAUCUACCCAUUGAAGGGGACUUGAAGCCUUCCAAAUAUGGCAGCAAGCUCUUCUUUUGGUCCUGGUGAAGGCUGAAGACUUGGUGCUUAUCCAAGAGAUUGGUGAAUUUAACAAUGCUGACUGUGACAAAACUGUACGGAUGAUAAAAUACCUUGUCAACUGUACCACAGAUAUCCUUAUAAAUACCUUCAUGAGAAAUAAAAAUGUUAUUUAAUCU